AGCGACGCGGCAGGUAGGCGGCCGGGACCAUGGAGACGGGCGGCCGGCAGGGCCCGCCCGUCCUGCUGCUGCUGCUGCUGCUGCUCCUCCUCCGGCCGUGCGAGGUGAGCGGACGGGAGGCGGCGUGCUCCCGGCCCUGCGGCGGGCGCUGCCCCGCGGAGCCGCCGCGCUGCGCCCCCGGAGUGCCCGCCGUGUUGGACGGCUGCGGCUGCUGCCUCGUGUGCGCCCGGCAGCGCGGCGAGAGCUGCUCCCCUCUGCUGCCUUGCGACGAGAGCGGCGGCCUCUACUGCGACCGCGGCCCCGAGGACGGCGGCGGCACCGGCAUCUGCAUGGUGCUGGAAGGAGACAACUGCGUGUUCGAUGGGAUGAUUUACCGCAACGGGGAGACGUUCCAGCCCAGCUGCAAGUACCAGUGCACCUGCCGGGACGGGCAGAUCGGGUGCCUGCCCCGCUGCAACCUGGGCCUGCUGCUCCCCGGCCCCGACUGUCCCUUCCCGCGGAAGAUCGAAGUCCCCGGAGAGUGCUGCGAGAAGUGGGUCUGCGACCCCAGGGAUGAAGUGCUCCUGGGAGGCUUUGCUAUGGCUGCAUACAGACAGGAGGCCACACUUGGGAUAGACGUGUCUGAUUCAAGUGCCAAUUGUAUUGAACAGACAACAGAAUGGAGUGCUUGUUCCAAAAGUUGUGGAAUGGGCUUUUCUACCCGUGUUACCAACAGAAAUCAGCAGUGUGAGAUGGUGAAGCAGACAAGACUUUGCAUGAUGAGACCUUGUGAAAAUGAAGAGCCAUCUGAUAAGAAAGGGAAAAAAUGUAUCCGAACAAAGAAGUCCAUGAAGGCUGUUCAUUUUGAAUACAAGAACUGCACCAGUGUGCAGACUUACAAACCUCGUUACUGUGGCCUCUGCAAUGAUGGGCGAUGCUGUACCCCACACAACACCAAAACGAUCCAAGUUGAGUUCCGCUGUCCUCAGGGCAAACUCCUAAAGAAGCCAAUGAUGUUGAUCAAUACCUGUGUCUGUCAUGGUAACUGUCCUCAGAAUAACAAUGCUUUCUUCCAGCCACUAGAUCCCAUGUCUAGUGAAGCAAAAAUUUGAAAUGUAUAGUUUAGGUGGCCAAAAGGUAUGUAGUUUGUACAAAACUUGACCCACAAUCAGGUGAAUGUAAUAAUUGCAUAUGUAAAAUAUCUGAGAGUUUUUCUAAACAGUCCAAGUGCCUUUUUUUUCCUGUAGUUUUCUAAAUACCUCAUGACGUUUCAUCCCUCCAAAUGUCCUUUCUUCACUUGAAGUAAAUUUCGUACCUUGGACAGAGCCUUCUUUUUUUUCUUGACAGUGGCAUAACGAUUACCAAGUCAGCAGCUCGUCUUUCUCUCUGAGGUUAGGGGACCAUGCCGUGAUUUUCAGUAGGUGUAAGACUGGGCUUUUUAAUAAUGGAUUCUUUGGGGAAUGCAUGAUAAUAUGUCACAAAAGCUUACAGGCUCUUCACUUUGCAUAAUGUGUACAAACACUUACACAGCCUUCUUUUCUCUGUUCUAGUUAAAUUCUUACUGAUAACUGAAAAUGUUACUGAUCAGAGUGCUGAAUUCUUGUGGCUAAUAAGGUAUCUUCUGUCUGUACCUCUUGACUUCCUCUGAGAGAUUAGUUUGCACAUAGCCUCAGAAAUGACAUAGCUAAGAUCUCGUAUCUUGAAGCAUAGGAGAUUGAUAGCUGAUAACAAAUUUCUCUUUUGUAACUUUAUUAGCAGCCUAAUCCAAAAUCCGCUGAAGUAAGUGUCUUAGGAGAGGUAGGUUCUAACCAGUGUCUGUCUGUAGAUACAAGUAGUUGUAUGCAAAAAUAAAAUUUCUGUAAAUUCCUUUAAAAUACUAACUGUAUCAGAUGGUGCUUCACUUACUAGAAAGAAGUUUAUGUAAAUAGAAACUGUAUAUAUUGUAAUAUAACUUUAUUAGGUAAAUAAACUUUAUGUGAUCAAAAAGUA